AUGGAGGAGAUCACAGCCGAUGAUGAUUUACUAUCCUGCAUGUUGGUCGACUCCUUGGAGUUCGAGCCUGAUAUUGUCACGCACAAGAUGAACCCGGCGUUUCGACCCAUGCGCUUUGACCGACAUGCCGUUAAGAAAAUCGUACAGCAAAAUGUGAUUUGGGAACAGAAUGUGUCCAAGGGAAUGGAAAAGUUCUGCGAACUUCCUAUUGUUCGCAAGCACAUGUGCUUGAAAACGCCAGCUCAGAAACGAGUAUUUGAAAAUCACAUUCAGCGGUACUUGCAGACGUAUUUACCCGAUGCCGGAUUUGAAUACGCCAUCACCUACCGUUAUCGCACAGCACGGUUAGAGCGCGUCAAAGCGCUUGAGAAAGUAUCCGACGAGGGUCGAUACAAUGCGUACUUAUCUCCAAAUCGCACGGAUCUAUGUGUCAUGGCUCUUCGUCCCUACCACCCAGAUGAAAUCAUAACAUAUUGCACAGCGGCGUUAAAAGACUUGACGCCCGAAGAUGACCAGGCACUCCGGGACGAAGCUGCUGAGGCUCGGGACAAGGAUGUACGCGAUGGUCAUGCUAGACCCCCGCGAGACUUUUCUGUCAUCCGAUCUUCGCGACGAAAAUGCAGUCAGCUUUUAUUGGGUCCCGCUCGCUUCAUCAAUCAUGACUGUCGGCCCAACGCAGAAUUUCGCCGCACUGGCCAGACACUUACUAUUCGAUGCAUACGCAACAUUCAAUGCAAUGAAGAAAUUACGACGUACUAUGGAGAUAAUUACUUCGAAGCGGGAAAUAAAGAAUGCAUGUGUACUACGUGUGAGAGACUUGGUCGUGGCUUUUUCCGAUGUACUGGAGCCAACGACGAGCAAGAAUGUCGUGAAAGCGAUGAGACUAAAGCGUCUCAAAAAGACACACGCAAACUACGUUCAUCCUCUGCACGCGCAGCUGCUGAGCAGGCUGCUAUAUCCGAGCCCGAUCAUAUAAUGGCUUUUCAAGUGAAUCCUGAUGCGAAUGGGCCGAAUUGUGAAUGCCUCACGUGUCAUAGUGCGUUCCGUGCGCCAGAAAAAUGGUGGACACCUGACGAAUGUGCCCGGUGUGAACGACACUACAAGUUAUUCAAGUGUGAUUGGCCAUAUCGGUCACCCAAAGAGAAUCCUGCUGACCAAACGUCUCGCUCACGGACAAGGAUCAGGCCACCUCGCCCGUCCAAAAAGCCUCAGCCUGCGCCUGCUAUCUCGUCGCCCGUCAAAUUGAGUCCUGUGCGUGAGAAACCCUGCUACGACUCGUCUUCUAGUGAAUCUGGAUCUCCGCGUCUAGAACAAAGAUGUCGGAAGCCGAGUGAUACGUCUCAUGAACUGCAUAAGGCUCCUCGGAUUCUUGGCCAGGGAGCGAGCACCGAUGUGCUAGCGUCCUACUGGGGUGCACCAGAAGGCGAAAGACGUCGACGGCGCACGAAUUUAUCCAUGGAUAAACACAGUGACGUGACUCGACAGAAUACCACGUCGAAAAAGCAAAAAACAUCUGUCACUUGCGGUAAGGAUUCUUCGGACGAUAAAAUGAUGCAAAACAAUACAUCUGACGCCGAAGUGAGCUGUGUAUCAAAACGGGGGUGCCGUCCACCGUUCCGUGAAGCAUCAGAUAUGCAGGACAAAUUCAGUCGUCCCGAAUCUCCUGUCAAGCCCGUGAUUGCCACUCAUGGCCCAGAACGGACCUCUGUAUCGAAUCUGGCUCUUUUCUGGUCAGGUGGUGUUGAGGGUCGCACAAGGCGGCAAGCUCGACUAGCGCAACAGGCUUCUGUCACACCACCACGGAUACGUAAGACGGCUGACGAAGCCGCCGAGGCUCGCAAACCUGAAGUAAAGCCCGAACCGUCGCCGAUUCAACCGACUGUGAAGCGGGAGCAUACGCUGGAGGCAUUAACGGUGCAACAGCACUCGCUGGGGACGCCGGUGUCCAUUCCUGCCAAUUGCCAUCCCACAGUGGUCCCUCCGGGCGUGCCUGUACGCCAACCAUUACGACGCAACCUUCGCUGGGGUAGCGGCAAAGUCAGCACAAGCCGCGAGACUAGCCAUACCCCGCCCGUGCGUGUGUCGUGGCCUUCCACGAUGAAACACGAAAGCGCUUCACCCAUCACGACCGCCUCUCCAUCCACCUCGCCCUCCCCGUCCUAG